AUGGGUGGGCUAAAGAGCGGGGAUACCGGUGCCACCAAGUGGGUGGUGCCUCAACCGCAACCCGUCUCAGGCUCGACCACACCGCGACUUGUCGCAGGCGGCCGCCGCCGGAGGCACACGAGGCAGACGGGGUCGGGAACAACCACUAGGGGACCCACGCCAGGCUUUGUCUUGGCGGCGAGGUACCUCCAGUGGUACAUGCCCCGGCACCAGAGCCGACUGUGGGGGUUACGUGUUACCUUCCCCUCUGAAGCCAACGCCCAUCCGGGUGUGCAAAGAAAGCUGCGAUUUGCGUGGCGCGUGCGCGCGACACCCGCCUACCAGCAACGGUCGGGGGUCGCGCCUGGCGCACGACAGGGCAGGAGACACGGUGGCCGCCUGCCCGCCCGCCCGCCCGCGGAGGCCGGGGGCCGCACCGGGGAGGGCCGGCGGGCGCGGCGCGGCGGCCGCCCGCCCGCCCGCGGAGGCCGGGGGCCGCGCCGGGAAGGGCCCGCGGGCGCAGCACGGGACGGGGCGGGGGCGCAGCGGUCGCCCGCACACCGCGCCGGGGAGGACCGGCGGGCGCAAUGCAGGCCGCCACGGGGUACGGUGGCCACCGGGGGGUGCCGGCGGGCGUGGCGCGGGGGCGCGGAGGCCGCCCGCCCGCGAAAGGCCGGGGGCUGCGCCAUUGAGGGUCUGUGGGCUCUGCGCGGUGGUCGCCUGCCUACGGAAGGUAGGGCUGGUGGGUGCAGGGCGAGGGCGCAGCGUCCGCUCGCACACGGAGGCCGGGGGCCGCGCCAUGGAGAGCUCGCGGGAGCGGCCCGGCGCGGGGCGGGGGUGCGGCGGCCGCCCACCUGCGCAGGCCGGGGGCCGCCUCGGGGAGGGCCAGCGGGCGUGGUGUGGCGCGGCGGGGCUGCGGCGCGUCACAAGGGCACGGAGAGACGGCGGUGCGUUGGAGCAGAGGAGUGGUGGCACGGCAAUGGAGUUUGUCUCGUUCCCCCUCCCUUUGCUAGGCACUCUAGACGAGCCAGCGCGGGUAACGGACUGUACUGA